GCGCAUUCCUAGACGGGUACAGCGCGUGCCAAGGCCGCCAGGGGUGAAGAGCCAGGUGCGGAGCCGUCUACCAGACGCGGGCGGAGACGGCUUUAGCUCUGCCCCCGGGAAGCCUGGCCCUCGCGCCUCAGCCGCGGGGAGCCCCGGGCGCCCCGCCCCGCCCCGCGGGGAGCCCUUCGGUUCCGGGAGCGCAUGGUCGGCUCUGUGCCCUUCCAGGGCCACGACCAGGGCCGGGCAGGGGCGGAGCCGCGGCCUCCGGGAGCUGGGUCCCUGCCCCCGCUGUUCUUCGCUGACCAGAGCGCAACGAGGUACUGUCCCCCGCGUCCGCCCGACGGCCCGCUCGGCGCUUUAAAAACCCGCCCGGCUGCAGCGGUGGUGGCGGGAGGCGCGGAGACUGGCGAGACCGAGCCCCGGGCCCGCGCCCCAACGGCCGGCCAGAGCAGCCCCAUGGAGGGUAUCACAUCCCGGUGGUGUCUGCCCCCAGAGCAGGUGGCCCUGGUGAUUGGGGGCAUCCUUGGGGGACUGCUGCUACUGCUGCUGUUGAUGGGGGUGAGCUGGUGUCUCUGGAAGAGGCUUUGCGCCACGUUCACCUAUGAGGAGCUGUCAGGGGCCACGGCUGCCUCCAGCACACAGGGACACAAGCUCUGCCCACCGGAUGCCAGGACCCAGGCAAGCAGGCCACCAGGUGUACCAUUCGUGGUGCCCCCUUCCCUCCAAAGCCAAGACUGGGUGCCCCUGAGCAGCAGAGAGUGGGUCCAGGCCCCACAGGACCCCUGCCCAGCCCCGGAGCUCCUGCCCCAUGCCACCGGCAGCAAUCUUGGUGAUCCUCCCAGCCCCUGUGUUGUAGGAGACGCAUGCGUGGUGGGGACCAUCAAUCCAGCGCUCUACAAGAUCCCGGAGGACAAAAGUGAGACCCACUUCCCUGAGGGCUGCCUGGGGCGGCUGUGGUUCUCUGUGGAAUAUCAGCAGGAGGCCGAGCGACUGCUGGUGGGCCUGAUCAAGGCACAGCGGCUGCAAGCCCCCUCAGAGACCUGUAGCCCCCUGGUGAAGCUCCACCUGCUACCGGAUGAGCGGCGCUUCCUACAGUCCAAGACCAAAUGCAGAACAACCAGCCCACAGUUUGACGAGCACUUCAUCUUUCAGGUGUCCAGCAAGAGUGUCACCCAGAGGGUGCUGAGGUUCUCGGUGUACCACGUGGACAGGCAGAGGAAGCACCAGCUCCUGGGCCAGGUGCUGUUCCCCCUGAAGAAGGAGACCCUGGUGGGCGACUGCCGGCGCAUCAUCUGGAGAGACCUGGAGGCUGAGAGCCUGGAGCCUCCCUCCAAGUUUGGCGACCUCCAGUUCUGCCUCAGCUACAACGACUGCCUGAACCGCCUCACGGUGAUCGUGCUUCGAGCCAAGGGCCUCCGACUCCAGGAGGACACGAGCUUUGUCAGUGUCCUUGUCAAGGUGUCUCUGAUGAACCACAACAAGUUUGUCAAGUGCAAGAAGACUUCGGCUGUGCUGGGCUCCGCCAACCCUGUGUACAGCGAGACCUUCAGCUUCAAGGCCGACCCUGCCGAGCUGGACACGGCGAGCCUCAGCCUGACAGUGCUGCAGAGGGCCGAAGGGGACAGGAGCCGCGAGCUGGGCCGGGUGGUGGUGGGCCCCUACAUGUACACCCGCGGCAAAGAGCUGGAGCACUGGAACGAGAUGCUUAGCAAACCCAAGGAGCUGGUGAGGCGCUGGCACGCACUUUGCCGCACCACUGAGCCCUGACCCGGGCAGGGACCUCGGGUCUGCUCCAGGAGCCCUAUCUCCCCACAGCCAUGCCUGACAGCCACAGGCCUGGACGCUGCAUCCAGCAUUCUCACUGGGCUGCAGGACCAGCCCGAGCCGGGGGAUCACGAGUGCCGACGUGCAGGAGAGAAGAGGUGACAAGAGAGCCCCGGCCAGGGCAGUGGUGUGGCCGCUGGGCUACAUCUCACCAGCAUGUGAGGCCCUCCCAACUCAUUCCAUCCUUCUUUACCCGUGGGGCUGCCUGGGCUUGGAAUCCUGGCUCCUGGUCGUCGCAGUCUCGAAUUGGACCGGAAUCUCAGGCAUUGGGAAGAAAUACUCUCUAGAGUGAAAGCAUAGCUGUGCACGUUGUGUGGAGUGCCAGGGAAACUUGGAAAACUGAUGAUGUGUUGAUGCUCAGCCUCCACUUUUCUUCCUCUGUGGUUUCUCUGCCUUCUGCCUGGCGGAGAAAAUGAACUGCCCAAAGCGUUUAUUUCAGUUGGUCCACAAUAAAUAGCACAGUCUGAGAAACUGGAUUGGCAUGUAGAUGUGGAACAGUCCCCAGGAUGCCUGGGCAGCACGGCUUGGGAGAAAAGGCUCCUGGGGAUCGCGACUCACUCGCUUCACACCUGCAGGAGAAAGCAGCCCGCCCAGGUACCAAGUGGUGGACAGGUUCUGGGCGUCCGCUCCUGGGGCACUGACUUUGGGCAUGAAAUGGUGAAAGCACAUGGCCAAAGCAUAGCCCAUAGGGCUGAAAGCUUUUCCCGUAAACCUAGCAAUUCCAUUAUGAUUAUUGUGUUGUGGUAGGUGUCGGUGUAAACUUCAUUAAGAUGGAAGUUCCCUCAACUACCCGUGAAGAUGUACUCAAGGUCACCGGCAGCCCUUGUGCUUGUCACUGUUACUUAUCAGGCAGUUUGUAUUUUCACCCAAAUGCUACUAAACUUGCAGAUUCAAGCCUCGUUACUGUGUAAUUAGAACAACACUUAAAACAGAAUCUUCUCUUUUCUUAGGCAGUGAAGCAACUUCUGCAAAAGCAAUUAGUGAAUGUUGCCAUCGGUUUGUGCCUCUUUGACUUCACCUCCAAUGUCUGUCAAUGCACAAAUACAAGCUUUGCUGGCAGUGGUCCAUACGCACAGAAUACCUUGUGUUUGCUUUUCCUCACUUAUUUCAUGGGUCCAUUUUUAACGUAGUCCACACUGCAGUAAUUUCUAAUAGUGUUGUGGCACACACAUAAUAGGCAUUCUCUGUGUGUUUGUAUAGCCAGCUACUAAAAUGGAACUGUUCCCCUUUCACCUGGGGUCAUGAAACCAUAGGUGCCAACCACCUCCACAUUUCAAGGGGAGGUUCAUGCCUGUCAGUGACCUUUCCAGGGCCACUUGGAAAAGUUGGUAAGUUUUCCCUUUGCAGGACAGAAUGGACGGGUAUGGCCUACUCACGGUUGAAAAAUCUCAAUGGCAAGAGACAGGCAGGCUCUCUGCUCUGAUGGGGAGGUGGGGGUGAUAUAUUGGAUUGGCCCCCGUCCACAGAUGCAGUCAGGGUAAAAAAUACACAAGUGCCUCCCAUAGACCAGAGACGACAGCCAGCCUGGGCUAUCUCGAUACCGUCCACAAGGUGACCCAGCACAACGAAACCCUUGGAUUUCCAUAAAACAUUUAGAACCAGCUUCUCAAUUUCCACACCAAAAAAGUGCUAGAAUUUGGUUGGAUUCUUCAUGGAGUAUAUAGAUCAGUUUGGUGGCCAUCUGGUAUCUUUACAACGUUGAAUCUUCAACCCAUUAACAUGGUGUAUCCCUCUAUUUCUUUAAGUCUUUUGCAAAUUUCCUUAAACGUGUUUUGUGGUUUUCAGGAACGUGUUUUUGCACCUCUUUUCUUGGAUUUAUUCUUAGGUGUUUUAUAUUUGUUUGUUUCCAGUAUAUAGAGAUUCUAUUGAUUUUUGUAUGUUGACUUUGUACCUAGUGAGUGGCCUUGCUAAAGUCACUUGUAAUAGUUUGUCUGUAGAUUCUUUGUACUUUCUUUGUAUAUAGUCAUGGCCUCUGUGAAUGAUAGUUUUACUUCUUCCUU